CAUCUUGAAAAUCUUGGGACGAGGAUGAAAAGACAUCAUGGCGGCGAGUGUUAGUGGAGCUGUGCUUUCCUCUUUAUUUUUCGAUCAAACCAACUCAAAAGGAGAUCAGGAAGGGUUCCUGCUUGGACAGGUUUCAAGUCGGAUCACUGACACGAUAACUGACACACAGCUGAAUAAUAUAAAAGAAGAGCAUACGAUAUGCAUCAACUCCUUUCUGCCAUGUAAAGGAACAUACAGCUUUUAUACAAGUUCUGGAGGAAUCGCCGAGGAAAAACUAUUCAAAGUCUUACAUGGGAGAGAGAAAGACGUAGUUGGUUGGUACAAGUUCCGGCGCAAUUCCUCAUUACAAAUUUCCAUGCGAGAGAAGGUUGUCCAUCAGAAAUUAGUCAAUCACUUCCCUGGUAAACAGGCAACUCACUUCCUCUUUGGUCUUUUUGGAACUACUACCACAGCGAACUCAUCCACUCACAACUUUGACUGCACAGUUUUCCAGUUACAAAAUGGUGCUUUUAGAGGGAUUCCAUUGCAAAUAGUCAACCUAGGCGAUGCCGCUCAGUCCCAGUAUAAAGUGUCCACCAAAGCUGAUGACAAACAAAAUGCUACUAUGUAUGGGGGAAUUAUACAUCAAUAUGAAUCGGUGUUCAGUGACAAAGAAGGUGAAAUCACCCAAGUUCACCAAAUACAAGAAAUGAAUUCUACAAUGCAUCGAAAGCUUCGGAACUUAUGCCAUGGCAUCACACAGAGCGAGUGCGAGGUGGAAGCUCUGGUCAGAGAGGUGGAACAUCUGCAUCACAAGGUCAAGGACAGAGAGAAACACAUUGAAAAAACAGAGAGCCUCAUUGACUUCAAAGCAGCCGUGAACAUCCCAAAAUCUUCUGUUGCUCCAACCUACAGUGUUCCUAUUGAGAUGGAUAAAACCCUUCUCAUUGGUCGUUCUGCUACACCCACAGACACUCGUUCAACACCAUCACCAACACCCUCAUCGGGUUCAACAUCAUCACCGACAACCACUACCACAUCUAAACCAAAGAACAGCGAUCCUUUUCAUUUUGUGAGCGACAUGUUAAAAAGUCACAAGGAGCCUAAACUGAAUUCAAAACCUGCUGCGAAAUCGAGCAGUUUGCCACGCCAAGUGAAACAUGAAUUGAAUAUGAAUUAUGACAAAUCAAAAACGAAUUCUUUAAAAGUUUCUUCUCGCGCUAGGAAUAACGGACACUCUGGUGAUGGCAGUAACGAGGAUUCCAGGAGUCAGGACUCGAGUGAUGAUUAUGAAAAGAGUGCAUCUCCAAUGUCGAUUGGAAGUGAUCUGAACAAUGACAUUGAGCCAUUACCUGGGUCGAUGUCUCCAGUGUAUUAAUGGAGACCAUGGGUCUAGUGUCUGCUAUUCAGAAUUGCCAAUUCAUCGUCACCUAAAUACAUCAUUCAGAUCCCAAGACUGCAGUAAAGUUGCUAAAAGUUGGUAUAUAUUGCCGCCAUUCCCUUUCAGUCUGACCUAAGAGUUGAGUAGUCUCAUGAAUUUCGCACUCAUGAACAUUUUUGUGACAUACCGGUACUUGCAGCUGAAAGGGUUUGAAAUUCGAGCACGAUGAUCAAGAUAAAUAUAUUAUGUCGACAGGACAAUAUGUAAUCUUAGUACACCUUCAACCUUUUAAAACCAGGAACCAUUCAUGUACCACACCAUUACAUGUACAAUAUUAUCAUUGAGUAUUUUUAUCCUCAUAUAGGGAUUGUUAUUUUCCAUGGGAAUUAGGGACUUUCUUUGAUUGAGCUCACCUAAAAUGCAUUGAAGUAUUAUGUAUAUCACUUCCCAAGGUUUACGAAUGUGGUGAAAUACAUGUAAAGAAGUGUGGCCUUGUGUUGUGUAAGUGUGCUUACUGUUGAUAUAGUGAUCAAUAUUUUUAUAGAGUUGAAUGUUGUUCCGUUGUGGUCACAAGUUCUCUUUUUGUUAUUUUAUCGAUUAUUGACGAUACAACUUCGUGUAUAGACAACUUUCUUCUUGAUCUCUCACCCAGCAAAAAAAGGUGAAUGAACCUUCAUAUACAUGGACUAUUGCAGCCUUAUUCAACCAAAUCUCCACAUGCUCAGAAUCUUUUGAGGCUGUAAUUAUUGUGAUGGCAGGCAGGAGCCUGGGGAGGAGGUGGCCUCCAGAUAACUACUAUGGGAAACUGUGUAAUGUUUGACUAAAUGAUCAAAAUAUUCCUGAUACAUUGUAUAACAUGUGGAGUGCCAAUAUCCUGGGAGAAAGCAUAGACAUUUUUUCAGUUACUACGUAACUUAAAUCUGGCAUACUUGGCUCCAACCUGUAGUCUCCCUCUUUAGAGGGAGAUGAUGGUUACAAUACCAGUCUCAAGAGGCUCGCAUAAAAAAACAGUUACAUUUAUCAUUACUUCUGUGUCAAAACCAAGAAUAUCAUUUGUUCGUAUUAAUAUCAAGAUAUAAAAAAGAAUAUAUCUGUAUGAAAAGUA